UCUUGGGCGUUUGAAGGAGCGGUGGCGGGCUGGGCUGCGCGUCUUGCAUGUCAAAAGGGCGGCGCCGACCCCCGCGACGAGUGCCACGCUGGGCAUCUGCUAUGGGCACCGUGCCCUUCGCUGCCGUCGAGGUGAAAAUGCAGGACACAGGGUGCUGUACUUAAAGGGCUUGGUGGUCCAGGUGCGCGGGAGCCGUGGGACGGAAGGAUUAUGGCUGAACAGCAGUUCUGCCUACGGUGGAACAACUUCCAGGCCAAUAUUGUAUCAUCAUUUGAAGCUCUACUAGAUAGAGAAGAAUUUGUAGACGUUACACUCACAGCAGAGGGAAAAUCGUUGAAAGCACACAGGGUUCUCCUAUCAGCAUGCAGCCCAUACUUCAGAGACUUGUUCCGGGAUUUACCUGCCCAUCAGCAUCCAGUCAUAGUGUUGCGUGAUACAAGUUUUUUAGAGUUAAAAUCCCUAUUGAGCUUCAUAUACCAUGGAGAAGUUAACGUAUCUCAAGAAAGAUUGGGGCUCCUUCUCAAAACAGCUGAGGCCCUCAGAAUUAAAGGACUUGCUCAAGACAAGAGAUCUAGUGAUAUUGAACAGUUUGGGAGCCUUACCAGUAGUCCUGAGAAGGAGCCAGAAGAGGGCCUGGACAGAGGGGAGCGCCGUGGAGGGGGUCCUGGGUCCCCUGCACUAAGUCUUGCCUUCUCUGGGGUGGGCGGGUCAGUCCUGGCCCCCGUCAAUCCUCUCGUUCCCCUGGAGCCACCAAGCCACAAGCCACCACACCUUUUGCACUCACCACCAGCAAAGCGACGUAAACCCCUCCAUUCACCACUUGGAGGGCCCCAUAUACCCACUCCACCACCACAACGAGAUAAUUCUAUUUCACAAGUGCAACCUGUUACCUCCACUGCCUCACUUGAUGAUGAUAAGUCUAGAGUUAUCAACUUGACUAUGGGUGCCUGCAACUCUGGCAGUGGAGGUUCACCAUCCCCCAGGCUAGUACCCAAGACGGAGUUAAAUUUAUCUGAGGAGGAUGGACCAGGUAGAGGCAGCAGUGGUGGUGGUGGGGGGGAGGGCAGUAGUGACCAUGAGGUUGAGGAGCCACAUGAAGAUGACUCUGUAGACCAUGAUUUGUCUAAUACCACGGCUCCAGACCUGCAUGGACUGCCACAACACCUCUCAGCAGCAGUACAAAACUUUGUGCCAUAUGCAGCAGCAGCCGCAGCAGCAGCAGGAUCCUCGCAGCUGGAGACCUUCCCGGGGCCAUCAGCGAAUCUGUCACAGCGAGGGAAAGGAAAGUUUACAAGCGAUGGAUAUAUCUAUAUUUUUGACAAAGUCGGUGCUGAUCAAGUCACAGAAUUUUGGAGAUGUGAAAAGAGGCGGCAGUGCAAAGCAAGAGUUCAUGUAAAGGAUGGAGAAAUUGUCAAAUUUAUCAGUGUUCAUUCACACGCAGCUGACGCAGCUCAAGUGGUAAAGCAAGAAACUAUUACGAAGUUAAAAUCUCGGGCUGCUGAAACGGUGGAACAAACUAAUCAAGUUAUCAACGAAUGUGUAGGAAAUCUGACACAAGCAUGUCAAGGAGUCCUGCCCACUCACGGUGCUCUACGCAAACUUGUGCGAAGGAAAAGAAAGGAGGUCAGAGCAUAUCCUGCUAAUCCUACUAAUCUAGAAAACCAACAAUAAUUUUACUAACAACAUAACUUUUCAUAGAUUUUUGCAUAUGUAUCUUUUAUUAUUUUAUUCCAAUAAAGUACUUCAUAAAGAAAUUUUAA